AGGGAUACAGAGCGAAGGGGUCAUCUGUGUCUUCCAGAGUAAUCGGUGUCAAGAUAAAGUGACAAAAAUGACAGAGUUCUGGCUCAUUUCUGCUCCUGGGGAGAAAACGUGUCAACAGACAUGGGAGAAGCUGAAUGUUGCAACUACUAAAAAUGUCAACCUCUCCACCAAUGCAAAGUUUAAUAUUCCAGACUUAAAGGUCGGCACCCUUGAUGUUUUAGUUGGUUUGUCAGAUGAGCUGGCUAAACUGGAUGCGUUUGUGGAAGGUACUGUGAAAAAGGUGGCCCAGUAUAUGGCUGAUGUGCUGGAAGACAGUAAAGAUAAAGUUCAGGAAAACCUUCUGGCCAAUGGGGUUGACUUGGUUACCUACAUAACCAGAUUCCAGUGGGAUAUGGCAAAGUAUCCAAUCAAGCAGUCUCUGAAGAAUAUUUCAGAAAUAAUCGCUAAGGGAGUGACUCAGAUUGACAAUGAUCUAAAGGCAAGGGCAUCAGCCUACAACAGCUUGAAAGGCAACCUUCAGAACUUGGAAAGGAAGAAUGCGGGAAGUUUGAUAACAAGAAGUCUUGCCGAAAUUGUAAAGAAAGAGGACUUUGUACUUGAUUCUGAAUAUUUGAUUACAUUGUUAGUGGUUGUACCAAAGUCUAAUUAUAAUGACUGGGUUAAGCAGUAUGAAACUUUGACAGAUAUGAUAGUCCCACGAUCCAGCAAUGUUCUUUCUGAGGACCAGGAUAGUUAUCUCUGUAACAUCACCUUGUUCAGGAAGGUAGUGGACGAAUUCAGACAAAAAGCCAGGGAAAACAAAUUUAUAGUCCGUGACUUUCAAUAUAAUGAAGAAGAAAUGAAGGCAGACAAAGAAGAGAUGAACAGACUGUCCACUGACAAGAAAAAACAGUUUGGGCCUCUUGUCCGGUGGCUGAAAGUGAAUUUCAGUGAAGCUUUCAUUGCGUGGAUUCAUGUGAAAGCACUAAGAGUCUUUGUUGAAUCAGUUCUCAGGUACGGUUUGCCAGUCAACUUCCAGGCAAUGCUGCUCCAACCAAACAAGAAAAUGAUGAAGAAAUUGAGAGAAGUUUUGUAUGACUUGUACAAACACCUUGACAGCAGUGCAGCAGCUAUCAUUGAUGCAACUAUGGAUAUUCCAGGUUUGAAUCUCAGCCAACAGGAAUACUACCCCUAUGUGUAUUACAAGAUAGACUGUAACUUGCUCGAGUUCAAGUAAAUGGUGUCUGACCCUGGCGAUCCCCUCGUGGUAUUGGUGUACAAGCAGAAAUGAGGUUGAAGAACAGCAGUGCUUCUAACUCUCUUCGUAAACCUGUGCUUGCUUCUUCCGCCCUUUUGCAUAGGAGAACAAUCUCCAUUGUGGUCCAUCUCUUGACAUUUUUCUUUUUAAAAAGAGAAGUAUAGUAUUGCUUUUAAUUGAUCAGGUCUGUAAAUGUAUAUUGAGAGAGUGUAUUUAUAAAAUAGUCAUUUAUUUAAAAAUAAUAAUUAAAAAAGAUCAUUCCUCUUUCAUACAAUGGUCAGCAUCAAUUCCAUUGACCAUCCUCUAUGAAGACCUUGUUUACAA